UUCACUUUACCAAGUUCUCAGAUUCUUAGAGACAGUACCAACCUAUAGUGCCUAAAAAGCAAAGCAUAACAAAAGUGAGAGAAAACAACAUUGUCCAUAUGACACAAGAUCUAAAAUCAACAUGGGAUGAACUUGUUUAUCGAUGAUGCUGUUAUUUGGAACAAAAUGGUUUCAUCAAGUGUUUCUUACUGAUUCUGGUGUGUCAGUUGUUUGUUUCUUCAUUCUUGGAAUUUGAGACUUGAGAGAGUUUAAAGAAGCAACAAGGAUAUUGAUUGUGUUGAGUGAUUCUGGUUUUUUUUUCUGAAUAUUUGGUGGAUCAGUUUACUUUCAACAUCAGAAGAGACAGUGUUGGUAAUGACUUCUCUGUCUCGUAGUGAUUCUAAUAAAAAAUAUUCAUGGUGGUGGGACAGUCACAUAAGCCCCAAGAACUCAAAAUGGCUCCAAGAAAAUCUCACAGAUAUGGAUGUCAAGGUGAAGCAAAUGAUAAAGCUUAUCGAAGAAGACGCGGAUUCCUUUGCCAGAAGGGCAGAAAUGUAUUACAAGAAGCGUCCAGAGCUUAUGAAGUUGGUUGAAGAGUUUUACCGAGCAUAUCGAGCAUUGGCUGAGAGAUAUGAUCAUGCGACUGGAGUGAUACGUCAGGCCCAUCGUACGAUGGCUGAGGCUUUUCCAAAUCAAGUCCCACCGGUAUCAGCAGACGAUUUACAUGCCGUUUCUUCCAUGGAGAUUGGGCAGCCGCGUACACCAGAUUCUACCUGCCACUCACAUGCAUUUUCUGACUCGGAUGAAUUGCAAAAGGGUGAUUCUACUCAUGAAACAGAUAUUGCAAUGAGCAGAAAGGGUUUGAAACAGCUUAAUGAUCUCUUCAUGACAGGAGAAUCAGUAAGUCAUAUAAAAUUUGCCGAAGGACGUGCUAGAAGGGGGCUUAAUUUUCAUGACACACAGGAGACUAAUGGAGUAAACAAUGGAAGCCAUGAGAAUAAUCUCUUAUCGGAUUCCGACCGGAUGACCAGAACCGAGACAGAAAUUUUGGCAUUAAAGAUAAGCCUUGCUAAACUGGAAAGUGAAAAGGAAGACGGCUUGAUUCAGUAUCAGCAGAGUCUGGAGAGAUUAUCUAAUCUGGAAUCAGAAGUGUCUCGUGCAAGAGAGAUUUCUCAAGGACUUGAUGACCGAGCCAGCAAAGCCGAAGCCGAAGUUCAAACCUUGAAAGAAACCCUCGAUGAAUUGCAGUCUGAACGAGAAAAUAAUCUUCUUCAGUACCAGCAGUGCUUAGACAAAAUAUCUACUCUGGAGAAAAAUAUUUCUUCCGCUCAAAAGGAUAUAGGAGAAUUUAACGAACGGGCUACCAGAGCUGAAACUGAAGCCGAAUCCUUAAAGGCUGACCUUGCUAGAUUAGUUGCUCAAAAGGAAGCUGUCCUUUUUCAGUAUAACCAGACCUUGGAAACAUUGUCAAAACUAGAGGAGAAAUUAGUGCAAGCCGAUGAGAAUGCAAGGAGAACUAAUGAGCAAGCGAGUAUAGCUAAAAAUGAAAUUGAGGACAUGAGAUUAGAAAUUGGUAAACUUACCAAAGAGAAAGAGGAUGCGGCUCUUCGUUAUCAGGAAUGCUUGGAGAUAAUUUCUAGUUUGGAGCAUAAACUCUCUUGUGCCCAAGAGGAGGUACAUGAGCUAAAUUGCAAGAUAAAUGAUGGAGCUCAAAAGUUACAUGUUUCGGAGCAGAAGUGUGUUCUCAUGGAAACAUCAAAUCACACUCUACAAUCUGAAUUGCAGUCUUUGGCACAGAAGAUGGGGUCUCAAAGUGAAGAACUUAGUGAGAAGCAGAAGGAAUUGGGUAGAUUUUGGACUUGCAUACAAGAGGAGAGGAUGCGAUUCAUUGAGGCUGAAACUGCUUUCCAAACUCUUCAGAAUGUGCAUUCUCAAUCUCAGGAAGAACUUAAAUCUCUUGCAGCCGAGCUUCAUAAUAAGGUUGAAAUUCUCGAGACAAUGGAAUCACGUAAGCAGGCUUUAGAGGACGAAGUACACGAGGCCAAGGAGGAAAACAAAGUUCUAAAUGAUCUCAAACUGUCUUCAUCUUUGUCUAUGAAUAAUUUGCAGGAUGAGAUGUUAAAUCUCAGGGAAACAAUAAAGAAACUCGAACUUGAGGUUGGAUUGCGAGUAGAUGAAAGAAACGCUCUUCAGCAGGAAAUUUACUGUCUUAAAGAGGAGCUGAAUGAUGUGAACAAAAGAUACGAAUCCACGGUGGAGGAGGUCAGAUCAACCGGCUUAGACCCACAAUGCUUUUCCUUAUAUGUGAAGGUAUUGCAAAAUGAAAACUCAAAGCUGAAGGAAACAAGCGAGUCUGAAAAAGUUGAAAACGCAGCUCUUAACAAGAAACUGGAGAUCAUGGAGAGGCUUCUGGAGAAAAAUGCUAAUUUGGAGAAUUCCCUUUCAGAUUUGAAUGCCGAGCUAGAGAGUGUCAGAGGAAUGGUAAAGGUAUUGGAAGAAACUUGUGAAUCCUUGCUCGCGGAGAAAUCUACCCUUGCUGCUGAGAAGGCAACCCUGUUUUAUCAGUUGCAAACCACAGCUGAAAAGCUGGAAAAGCUUUCAAAAAAAUAUCACAUUUUAGAAAAUUCACUAUUUGAUGUGAAUGCCGAGCUUGAAGGAUUAAGGGUAAAGUCAGCGAUUUUGGAAGAGACUUGCCUCUCACUUGACCAUGAGAAGUCUAGUCUCGCCUCUGAGAAAGAAACCGUAGAUUCACAAUUGAACAUGACUCGUCAAACACUUAAAAUUCUUGAGAAACAACAUAGUGAGUUGGAACUGCAACAUUUGGAAUUAAAAGCAGAAAGGGAGUCUGCACUUCAAAAGGUGGAAGAUCUACUGGUUUCAUUAUAUGCUGAAAGGGAAGAACAUUCUAGAAUCGUGCAAUUGAAUGAAGGCCACUUGGUUGAGAGGGAAUUUCAAAUUCAUAUUCUACAAGAAGAUGCAAAUUACCAGAAAAAGGAAUCUGAAGAGGAACUGGACAGAAAUCUACGCACUCAAAUAGAAAUUUUCAUCUUGCAUGAAUGUAUUCGUGAAUCGGAGAAAAAUAAUUUUUCCCUUCUAGUUGAGCGUCAGAGACUCUUGGAGGCAUCCAACAUGUCUGACAGAUUGAUAUCUAAAUUGGAGAAUGACAAUGUUCAAAAGCAAGUUGAUGCAAAUUUGUUGUCUGAGAAAAUUAACGUGCUAAGGAUUGCGCUGCUUCAGGUGUUAAAAACUCUUGACAGUAACAGUGAGCAUUUGCCUGAAGAUAAUGUUAAAGAAGACCAGAAGCUUCUGAACAACAUACUCGACAAACUUGAGGAGAAAGAAAAUUCUUUUGUCGAUGUUUUUCGUGAAAACCAGCAAAUGACCAUUGAGAAUUCAGUUCUUGUUACAUUCCUUAGCCAGAUGAAAUUAAAGGCCGAAAAUAUUGCAACAGAAAGAGAAGCUCUUGAUGGGGAGUUGAGGAUCCAGUCUAAGCAAUACAUGGCAUUGCAAGAAGAGGUACAAAAGACGCUAGAGAAGAAUCAGGCAUUGAAGUUAACAAUAAGCAGAGGAGAAGAGAAAAUGGAAGUAAUGACAACUGAAAACUUGAUGGCACUUACUGAACUAAACAAAGAACUGGAUAAACUUGUUUCAGUAAAUACCAACCUUGAAGAGAGAUUGAAAGUAGUGAUGGGAAAAUCAGAAGAUGUGCAAAUGGAAAACUCAUAUCUUAAGGAGUCAUUUGUAGUGUUGAACACUGAAUUAAAAUUAGUUGAAUCUGUCAAUGAUAAGUUAAAUUGUCAGAUUAGGAAUGAUAAGGAAUUAUUGUCUCAAAAGGAAAACGAUAUUUUGGAAGCAGCAGAGAUGUUUAGUGCUUUACAGGAAGAGAAAAAAGCAUUGCAAAUACUGGUGGUAGAUCUGAAGAGUAAGUACGAAGAGGCGAUGGCGAUACUUGAAGACCAAGGCAGUCAAAUUUUAAAACUAUCCUCAGACAAGGAUCAUCAAAUUGAAGAGCAUGAAUUCCUUUGUGAAGUGAAUAAGAAGUUGGAGGAAGAAAUGAGGCAUCUGCAUCAAGAACUCAGAGAAACUAAACUGAUGGAAAAAAAGCUAAGUUAUGAGAAUGAACAAUGGGAAUCUCAGUCUGCUACAUUCUAUACUGGAAUGCAGAUUUCUACUGUCAAUGAGACAUUCUUUGAAGGGAAGGUUCGUGAGCUAGCGGAUGCGUGUGAGAAUCUUGAAUACAGAUGCAGCUCCAACGUUAUGGAAAGUGAAAAGCUGAAAGAAAGAGUCGACAACAUGGAAGAUGAAAACAAGAAAUUAAGGGUCCAAUUGGCUGCUUAUGUCCCAGCUGUCAGUGGUUUGAAUGAUUGUAUAACAUCCUUGGAGAUGCAGACGCAUGGUCAAGCAAAACCUAAUGACAUCAAAGAAUCAAAGGUUAAAAAGUUGGUAAAUAUAAAAUACGCUGAAGGCGAUCCACGAACAAGUGAAGAUCCAACUGCUACGGAAACAGAUGCACUUCCAGACUUCCAAGACAUGCAGAAAAGGGUUAAUGCAAUUGAAAUGGCUAUAAGACAGAUGAAUGAAAGUUUCAAACCUAAGGAUGAAAUGAGAGAGAUUCAAGUUUUAAAAUCAGGAAUCAGCUGGCUCCAAGGAAAUGCUCAAGCAAAAAAGCAUUCUACUCAAAUGGAUGAAGCCAAGGAGCAUCAGUAUGGAGCUGUUUAUGGACAUAAGACGAGAAAGUCAUCGCAAGAUAUUCCUGUAACAGAAAUCGAAGUUCUUCCGAAAGACAUCAUGCUUGAUCAUACAUCUGAAUGUUCAUCGUAUGGGAUUAGUAGGAGAGGAGCUCAUAAGUCUGAUGAGCAGAUGCUUGAAUUGUGGGAAACUGCUGAUCAAGAUGGCAUUAUUGGCGUGACAGUUGGCAAGGCACAGAAGGAAACUGCACCUAUUGGAUACCAACAAAGGAGACUAUCCAAGGAAUCCAAAAAAAAGUAUCCUUCGGUAGAGUCCUUGAUUGAAAAGGAAUUGAGUGUAGACAAAUUAGAGAUCUCAAGAACACAGACGCGGCCGCUGCUGCUUGAAGGCAAUAAGAGAAAGGUUUUAGAAAGACUUGAUUCAGAUGCUCAAAAGCUGAUGAACCUCGAAAUCACCGUACAAGAUUUGAUAAACAAGAUGGGCAUUAUUGAGAAGAGCACAACGGGAAAAGGUGUUGAGUACGAUGAUGUGAAAGGACAUCUUGAAGCUGCUCAAGAGGCCAUCACAAAGCUGUUUGAUGCCAACCGCAGGUUGCUGAAGAAUGUAGAAGAAGGAACUUCGUCCUUUUCUGGGAAGUCUACAACAGUGUCAGAUGAGAGUGGAAGUAGCAGAAGAGUUUCAGAACAGGCUCGAAGAGGAUCUGAAAAAAUAGGACGGCUACAAUUGGAGGUGCAAAGGCUUCAAUUUUUACUUCUAAAAUUGAAUGAUGACAAAGAAGGCAAAGGAAAAGCAAUGAUUGAUGAUCAAAAUCCAAGAGUCCUUUUGCGAGAUUAUCUCUAUGGUGGGACAAAGAAGAGCUACUACAAGAGGAAGAAGAAAGCCUCCUUUUGCGGAUGCAUACAACCUCCAACUAAGGGAGAUUGAAUCAGCAAGAUUUUUAACAUAGUUUAAAAUACAUGGGACAAAUGAUACAUUAGCUUUCUUUGUAAACUUGCCUUUAUAGUCUAGACAUGUUUAAAGACCCUGCAUAUUUUACUAUGGAGAGGAUCCGGGGUUAACAUAGUAUUUAGAUCCUGACAUCCUGUUGUACAUGUAGCGUACCAUUCACUCAGUAGAAAGAGGCUGGGACAAAAUUCUCGCCAUUUCAUUUUCUGAAAA